AUGACCGAUUAUCCGCAGGACGGUGCCAACGACCCUGUGGUAGAUGCCUGCCUAUCAGAUCUGGGAGAAGAUGCUGCUCAGCUUCUACUGCUACGAUGUGUGGCAAACGCCCACUCUGAGGGCCUGAACCAUUACUUCUGGGAGUUCUCAAGAAACAUCCUGCUGGUGUAUUCGACUGCUCUUGUCUUCUACAUGCAAUCAGGCUUCGCCAUGCUUUGUGCUGGGGCUGUCAGGAAGAAGAAUGUUGGGAACACCAUGCUAAAGAACCUCCUGGAUGCCUGUGGUGCAGCAUUAGCUUUCUUCAUUGUUGGUUACGCCUUUGCUUUUGGAGGUGACGAUCCAGAGAGUACCAAGAAGACGUUCAUUGGUACCUCCAACUUCUUUCUGAUGGACGUGGAGGACUUGGCCUUCUGGUUGUUCCAGUAUGCAUUCUCGGCCGCCUCUGCUACUAUUGUGGCAGGGACACUGGCUGAGCGUUGUCAGAUGGCAGCUUACUUGGGCUAUUCAGUUCUUCUCGGAGGGUUUGUGUACCCUGUUGUGGCCCAUUCUGUUUGGAGCGCCAAUGGAUUCUUGAGCGCGACUGCCAAAGAGCCUCUUUGGGGAGUGGGUAUGAUUGACUUUGCUGGAAGUGCUGUAGUACACAUGACAGGAGGUACCACAGCACUGUUUGCGUCGUCAAUUCUCGGUCCAAGACGAGGCCGCUUUCACGAUGAAACUGGUCGGGCCCUGGUCAAGCCCAAAGAAUUCCCGGGCCACUCAGUGGCGCUACAGAUGCUUGGAACAUUCACGCUUUGGUUCGGAUGGUACGGUUUCAACGCCGGAUCGGCUCUGAUCCACUUGAACGCCGAUGCGGUUCUGCCUUUGUCGGGUGUGAACACAACCCUUGCAGGGGGCACAGCUGGCAUAGUGGCUCUUUUUGUCAAUCUGUACCUACUGGAACGCUACACUGGGGAGGCCUUCUUUGAUCUGAAGUACCUGAUGAACGGAGCCCUUUCUGGACUUGCUGCAAUUACUGGUUCCUGUGGUGUGGUGGAACCUUGGGCAUCUGUGGUAGUUGGCGCCGUUGCUGGUGUCUUGUAUAUCUUUGGGUCCUGGGCUUUGAUUAGAAUGAGGCUUGAUGAUGCUGUUGAUGCAAUUCCUGUUCACAUGUUGAAUGGUGCAUGGGGUGCCUUUGCCACUGGCCUGCUGGCAUCGCCACGCCGGCUCCAAGAUGCUUAUGGAAGAAGUGAUCAUGCUGGUCUAUUCUACACAGGAGAUGGUACCCUCCUCGGCGCUCAAUGUGUGGGUAUCCUCUUUAUCAUUGGCUGGGUUAUGUUCACAAUGUUCCCUUUCUUCAUUUGGUUGGACAUGAAGGGUUGGUUUCGUUCUGACCCGUUAGAUGAGAUAAUUGGCCUGGAUACUAGCUACCAUGGCGGGUUCAUGCUUGGUGCUAACGAUGACAAGGUUGGCCCAGAGUACAUUUCGGCCAUGCAGAAGAGAAAGGAAGAAAACAAAGGGUCGCGUCAACGAGGGAACAUUGCCGACAGAAGUAACGACCAACUUGAGGACAUCGAGGAAGACGAGAGUCAUUUAUUCGAGACGUGA